UGGGUCUCAAAGACUGACUUCAAAUUUCUCUUUAAUAACCUUUCUCAUUUUAAAUUUAAUCUCAUUUUUUCUAGUUAUCAUUUGAUUUUGAUAUGGGAAUUUGUUCACAUCUUUUUAUUUUUGCGGCCGGAAUAUAUGCUGGGAUUUGCUUUGACCAACAUUAUGACCUACCAAAACUUCCACGACCUGAUGAACUUUAUGCCAAAAUUCAAGAAUUUUUGGAAACUAAAAGGAAAGAUAAAUGA